GGGUAGGAAGUACCGUUAAAAUUUGUUUUACCCACAUCUGUGGAAUUUAAUUCCCUUCCCACGAUCGCCGUGUGUGCGAUUUGUAUGUAUAUAUAUACAUAUCCACGUAAUAUAUAUAAAUUUAUAAAAGACUGACAUAUAUUCUUUCAAUUGUAUUGAAAAAUAUAUACAUUCAACACAGGAAUAUACAGAAAUUGUAACUUCUUCUCUUAACAUAACUUUGUAUUAAAAUGGAGUCUAGGACUGAAUUUAAAAUAAAAUCACCACCGACAGAUGCCAUUUCUGCAGUAGAAUUUGGACCAAACUCCACACAGUUCUUAUUAGUAUCAUCAUGGGACAGUACAGUGAGGUUAUAUGACAUUCACGCAAAUACAAUGCGAUUGAAAUAUAAUCAUGAUUUGCCAGUAUUAGAUGUUGCAUUUCAGGAUGCUGUUCAUGCAUAUAGUGGUGGUUUAGGAAGUACUUUGAAGAUGUUUGAUAUAAAUAGCACUACUGAAACGGUAAUGGGCACACAUGACAAGGCAAUCAGAAAAAUUGAGUUUUGUGCAGCGGUGAAUGCUAUAUUAACUGGUGGUUGGGACGCUGCAGUAAAACUGUGGGAUCCACGAUCACCUACUUGCGUGGGUAGUUAUUUGCAACCAGAUGUGAUUCUUGCUCUCUCUGUUUGUGGUGACAAGUUUGUAGUGGGAACUGCAAAACGAAAAGUCUGUAUUUGGGACUUGAGAAAUAUGGCAGGCAUGUUUCAGAGACGAGAAAGUAGUCUGAAAUAUCAGACACGUUGCAUUAAAGGCUUUCCCAAUGAGCAGGGUUAUGUGUUGAGUAGCAUAGAAGGCCGAGUUGCCGUUGAGUAUCUCGAUACAAUGCCGGAGGCCCAAAAGAAAAAAUAUGCGUUCAAGUGUCAUAGAAUCAAGGAGAACAACGUAGAGCAUAUCUAUCCGGUAAACGCUAUCAGUUUUCAUUCUGCAUAUAAUACAUUCGCCACCGGUGGUUCGGACGGCUACGUGAACAUUUGGGAUGGUUUCAACAAGAAACGCCUGUGCCAAUUCCAUCGAUAUAAUGCCGGCGUGGCUGCACUCAGUUUCAGCCACGACGGUUCCGUACUCGCGAUAGGCGUGUCGUACUUGAAUGAAGCUGAGAUUCCGCCAGGCGGAAACGAUGAAAGAGAAAUUUAUAUAAGAUAUGUUAACGAUCAGGAAACCAAGCCUAAGUAACACUGUUGACUAUUGCAUAAGAUAUUGUGCAAAGAAUCAGGAACAAAGCAUAUAUUAGGUCUGCUCUUUUUAGCUGUAUUUGCAAUAUUUUUCUUUUAAUCUUUACCUUUAUAAUUUUAUCCUUUAAUGCAUGAUUAUAUACUUAUUAAGUGAAUAUGAAUUAUUCAAAAAAAUAUGGUAUAAAAAAUUAUAUAGCCAGAAAUGUUUAAAAUUUAAAUGAACAUUACUCCGUGAAAAGUCAUUGUACGAGCAACUUUCUUCCGAGUAAACAUCUUUUUUCAAGAGUAAGUAGUAAAGUUUCAAGGGUAAAUAAGAAGUGAAUUUGAAUCUUGAUUCCGCUAUUGAAAAGUAAGAACGUAAUUUUUAUAGUAAAAAUCGCGUAUUUUAAUAGAAAUCUAUAGAACUGAUAACAUUUUUUUCGUAAAAUUUAUUUACAGGAUUGUAAAGAUUGUCUUUUCUUUUAAUAAAAAAAAAAAAUUAUGCGUACGAUUUUCUUUCGCAGAGAUAUACCACAAUCUAAGAUAAUCUGUGUAUUUUCACGAUCUAUCGCCAGUAUUGACAUCACUCGAUGUGAAUCGCGAGGAGGUUGCCGAUCGGAUUUUGCACAUCGUAUAUGUAAUAGAUUUUGUGUAAAUGUGUAUAUAUGUAUAUGUGCGUAGGUUUGCAUAAGUGUGUGUUUCUCUUGAUGCGAAAUCAAGUCUUCUAGCCGUUCAUGCAUGUUGAUACAAAUCCUUAUUUUCUCUUCAGGGUAUCAAUCAUGCAUCUUUUCUCCCAGCGUGAACUCGUGAAAAGUUGCAGUGAAAAUUUUCGCAUUUCCAUUGUUUAAGAAGUUAUAUGUUUACUACAGUCGUCGAGUUCGCGUGGAACUUUUUACUUUUCACGUUUUCAUUUUUAGGAAAAAGUUACAUGAUAGCUAUCCGAGAAUUUCAUUGCUGAUUUGGAUUAACACUUCUCUACCCUUUUUAAAUUCUUGUUGGCUAAUGGCCUUCUUAAAUUUAUUAAAUAUCCGAUAUUAAAUUUCAAAACUCAAUUUUAUAUAUUUAAUACCUAUGUAUAAAUUUACAUAUAAAUUUACUAAUACAUUACAUACAAUAUGCAAAAUCCGACCGACAACCUAUCCGCAGGUAAUGUCAAUGGUGAUGGAAAUGUACGAAUAAUUUUGGAAUGUGACAUAUCUUUGCAAAAUCGUAUGCGAAAAAAUUGUAUGCGUAUAAUUUCCUUUCUUUUAACUGAAGAGGAAAAUCAAUUUUUAUAAUCUCGUAAAUGAAAUUCACCAGAAAGUUUGCCCUACAUUUUAUGGAUCCCACUGAAAUACACUAUUUUUACUAGAAAAAUCACGUUCAUAUUUUUGGGGUGAUAGUGAGAUAAAAAUGUUAUAAAAGAAAAAUCUAACAACAGUUUCUUAAGUAGACACUUUAUUCUCGAAACAAAACAAAAAGAAAACAACAGAAACAGAAGAAAACUGUUCGUACGAUGAUUUUCCACGGAGUAAUGCUCAUUCAAAUUUUACCUAUUUUAAUCUAUAAUUUUACGCCAAAUUCUUUUGAGCAGUAUAAUAUAAUACAGCUAAAAGGAACACACAUAUAUAACAGAAUAUGAUUAUAAAUUUGCGCUAUUAUAAAUAUCAAAUUGAUAAAAAAAUAAUUUGCUCUAUCUUAAGGACGAACAUAUUCUGUGAGUAACGUUAAUUGUAAAUACUCUGACUGAAUUAAUUUAUAUGCGUCGCACGAUAAAUAAUAGAUGAUUACUAGGCUAAUAAAUUUUCAAUAAACUACUUUUUACCUAAA